AUGCUUAUGUUUGCUCGAACGACCACAACAGUUUGCUCACCCGCUUUACAUAUUGACAGCUGCACUCCUUCAAUCGAUCUUCAACAACAACAAUUCCCUGCUGGUUCUCCUUUGACUCGUGCUACACGAUCCUUCAUUGCUGUUCUAACAAAAGAAAAUCGAUAUCACUCGAUAACUGUAACUCGUACUCGGUGCAUUUCUCUUCGAUUGUUGGUCGUGAUGGUUGCCACUGUUAUACAUGGCAUUGAUAGAUCGACGACAGAGAGCACAGAACUGUUGCGUAUACGCGUAGCGAAAGGCGAACGGCUUGGCAAACGUGAUCUAUUCGGUGUCGUUAGUCCCUAUUGCGUUGUACGCCUUGAAAAAGCAGAUGGCGAACAAAUCGAUGAGAUCACGUUGGAGAAGAAGAAAAAGACUAGGGAUCCUGUCUGGAACUCAAUCCUCACAUUUCGGGUAACUCGACAAUGCUGUUUGAAGUUCUUCAUCUUUGAUGAGAAUAAAAUUAGAAAAGAUGCGCUGCUUGGAUCGGUCGAAUUCGAUUUAGCAACUGAGGACAUUCCGAACGAUACGAGACCACCUUGUGUUUAUCCGUUAAAGGGUGGACGACACAGGAAUAUUGGAAGUCUUUGGAUCGGAAUGCACUAUUUACCAUCGGAUCAAUCUCCGAGCGAUUCCACUAGCGAUCUGCAGGUGAACAACACAAUGCCUGAAGGUUGGGAGGAGCGCGAAGAUGGUAACGGUCGUACGUUUUAUGUAAACCAUAUACAACGUACUACGCAUUGGGAUAGACCAUCACAAAUGAAUGGAGUUUCACAACCAUCACUGCAGAAGGAUGCAGAUGGGAAAGUAAUAAGAAUAUUAUCGAAGGAAGAACGACAGCGAAACGAAGAAGAGGUGCGCAGACGUCGAGAUGACUAUGAACGUCGUCGACAGGUCACGAACUCGAGUCCAGAUGCGGUCAGGAGUCAACUUGAAGCGAUAGACAAUGCCAUGCGAUCCAAUUUUGCCGGUGGUACACACGCGAAUGGCGAAGCAGAAGAUGAGCCGCUCCCGGAGGGAUGGGAUAUGCAAAUUGCCCCUAACGGUCGAACGUUCUUCAUCGAUCAUCGCACUAAAACUACCACUUGGUUGGAUCCGAGAACAGGCAUUGCCGCUAGUCGACCCCAAGCCGGGAAAACAGACGACGAAAUUGGAGCGUUGCCAGAAGGAUGGGAGCAGAGGGUUCAUACAGACGGAAGGGUGUUCUUUAUCGAUCACAACAAUCGAAGAACGCAAUGGGAGGACCCACGGUUCGAAAACGAAAGCAUUGCUGGUCCAGCUAUCCCCUACUCACGAGAUUACAAGAGAAAGGUAGAAUACUUGCACUCGAAAUUACCACGAACAGGUUCAAAUGGUAAGUGCGACAUGAUCGUGCAUAGGGAGACAUUGUUCGAGGAUUCGUAUCGACAUAUCAUGGAAAAGUCUCCAGCCGAGCUUCGGCACAAAUUAUGGAUUGAAUUCUUUGGCGAAACAGGACUCGACUACGGUGGAGUUACGCGUGAAUGGUUUUUCUUGCUGUCACAUGAUAUCUUCAAUCCAUAUUAUGGUCUUUUUGAGUACUCAGCGACAGACAACUACACACUGCAAAUCAAUCCGCAUUCGGCUGCCUGCAACCCAGAUCAUCUUUCAUAUUUUUAUUUCAUUGGCAAAGUGAUGGGAAUGGCUAUUUAUCAUGGGAAAUUAUUAGACGCUUUUUUCAUUCGUCCAUUCUACAAAAUGAUGCUUGGAAAGAAAAUCACACUGUUUGAUAUGGAGUCAGUAGAUAAUGCCUAUUACAACUCUUUGAUCUACAUCAAGGAUAACGAUCCCGAAGAUCUCGAGCUGACGUUUGCCGUUGACGAUUGUGUGUUUGGCGAGACCCAAACCAUUGAACUUAUCGAAAAUGGUCGCGAUGUACGGGUGACCGAAGCUAACAAAGAAGAAUAUAUAGAAGCGGUAGUCAAUUGGCGAUUUGUCAAGCGAGUGGAGAAGCAGAUGGAACAGAUUUUAAGAGGAUUACACGAGGUGGUACCAACCAAUCUUCUUCGAAUCUUUGAUGCAAACGAAAUGGAAUUGCUGAUGUGUGGAUUGCAAAAAAUUGACGUCAAAGACUGGAAAGCGCAUACGGUAUACAAGGGUGGAUACGGACCAAGCAGUCAGGUAAUCCACAACUUCUGGAAAUGCAUCCUGUCAUUUGAUAACGAAAUGCGUGCACGUGUGCUGCAAUUCGUUUCUGGCACUUCGAGGGUACCAAUGAAUGGUUUCCGAGAGUUAUACGGUUCGAAUGGACCACAAAAAUUCACGAUAGAAAGGUGGGGGAGUUCGGAUAUGCUGCCUCGAGCUCACACAUGCUUCAAUCGACUCGAUCUUCCGCCGUAUCAAACCUUUUCCGAAUUGAAGCAGAAGUUGUGUACUGCCAUUGAAAAUUCUGAGAUCUUCAGUGGGGUCGACUGA